AUGAAACUAUUACUCGUUACUUUUUGUAUUUUAUUGUUUAUUUAUAAUGGACAAAGUUCUUUAAUAGCUACAGCUAAUCUACACGUAGAUUCUGCUGCAAUCGGUAUUGGUACUCUAUUAUUUCAUCAACGAGAUGCUAAUUCCCCAGUGCGUAUUGUUGGCCUUAUCGAUGGUCUCAAAAGUAAUACUGUUCAUGGAUUUCAUGUACAUCGAGAUGCAUUAGGUCAAGAUCAACUUAAUUGUACAGCUGCUGGUCCUCAUUUCAAUCCAUACAGUAAAAAUCAAAUAUUCUCUAUAUGA